UGUGAGCUAUGGGGGAGACACAUUAAAAGCAUAACGUAACAUAACGCAGAGUAAUUUUCAAGCGAAACAAACCAAUAUGAAGGCUGUAAUUUUCUUAUUCGGAUUUGCGCUCGUUAUUGCAACUAUGGCUCUAGCCAGUCCAGUUGCAGUAGCUAUUCCCGAAGGCCUGGCCGAGGCUGUAGCCAAUCCAGUUGCCGAAGCUGUUCCUGAAGCUGCUCCCGAAGCUCUGGCCGAGGCUAUAGCCAAACCUAGUGCCGAAGCUUGGGCCGAAGCUAUAGCCGAAGCUUUAGCCAACCCCAGUGCUAUGGCCAAGGCUACAGCUAUCGCUAAAGCUAUGGCUCAUGCUAUGGCCAUGGCUCUGGCCGUAGCUUCAGGGAUGGGAGACUAUGGUAUCAGCCAGUGAAGCUAAGGUAUAGUGUUUAAGGAAAAAGAGAGAGUGUAUGUGUGCGAACGACCUGGCCCUAGCAGUACUGGAUUAUGCUAAAACACAAAGUGAAAAAACAUAUCUUUAACUACACAAAAUAAAUAAAAUAAUGAGAAUAACUUAAAAGCGUUGUAAAAUUUCGCCAAUGUCUAAUACAUUAAUGGCGUUACGUUUGUACUAAUUAAAUACUUGUUAAUUUCAAAUAAAUACACUUAAAACAAAGUAA